UGCAUUUUCAUUUUCGUCUCCACCACUAAUAAACCUUUCGUCUUUCGAUUCGAUUAGAUUUCACCAUUUUUUAUUCUUCUCAAUUUCUCAGAUCUUUCCCGGUCUUUGUGCAAGCAUGAGUAAGGGACCAGGACUCUUCGUCGAUAUCGGCAAGAAAGCCAAAGAUCUGUUGACCAAAGAUUAUACUUCGGAUCAGAAGUUCACUGUUUCUACUUACACUGGCGCUGGAGUGGGUCUUACAUCAACUGCUCUAAAGAAAGGAGGUCUUUCAACUGGGGAUAUUGCUGCAUUAUACAAGUACAAAAACACUCAAUUUGAUGUUAAAGUCGAUACUGACUCUAAUAUCUCGACAACACUUACUUUCACUGAGAUUCUUCCGUCCACCAAGACUAUUGCGUCAUUCAAAGUACCUGAUUAUAGCUCUGGCAAGUUGGAGGUUCAGUAUUUCCAUCAUCAUGCUACCUUUACAACAACAAUUGGUUUGAACCAGACACCAGGUGUUGAUGUCACUGCAACCAUUGGGACACCCGCAAUUGCUUUUGGAGCAGAGGCAGGCUAUGAUAACACCUCUGGCAAAUUUACAAAGUACACUGCUGGUAUUAGUGUGACAAAACCAGAUUCGUGUGCUUCGAUAAUUCUGGGAGACAAGGGAGACAGUAUUAAAGCAUCAUAUGUGCAUUAUCUGGAUCAGCAAAAGAAGAGUGCCGCUGUGGGUGAGAUCAGCCGAAGGUUUUCCACAAAUGAUAACACAUUUACUGUUGGAGGGGCAUAUGCUGUCGAUCAUCUCACACUGAUUAAAGCUAAGCUCAACAAUCAUGGGAGGCUUGGAGCACUGCUGCAGCAUGAAGUUGUAUCGAAGUCAUUGUUGACAAUCUCUGGUGAGCUCGUCACAAAGGCCUUGGAAAAAAGUCCCCGAUUCGGAUUGGCAAUUGCUCUUAAACCCUAAUGAGAUUUUUUUUGGCUAUUCAAUGAUGCUUUUGGGAUUUCAUACUCCUGGGGUGGCAAUAAAUGGUUCACAGAUGAUUAUUCAUUUCUAGUGCUCAGUAGCUGUGAAUGGAUGAUUGAUGGUACUUUAGGCUGUCCAUGAUUCAAUAUUGUAAGUUUUGAG